AGCAUCAUCUGAACCAAACAGAUACUUCUAAAACCAGUUUCAAUUCCUCAGCCACCAAAAUCAUAUGGCUGCAAGAACAGCAAUACCCUCGUCAUCACUGUCUCUCCUGCCAGGAAGAGGCGGAGCCACCACCACCACCAGUGUCGCUUGCCGGAAACCCACCACUCGAGUUGGUGGCAGAAGCAUUCUACGGAUUUAUGCAGCAGAAGGAGGAGGAGAAAGGCAGAGAGCACCACCAGGAGUUGAUACCAGAAUUCAUUGGGAGAACGAGGAUGAAGGAUGGGUUGGCGGCAGCGGCAGCGGCAACACCACCCGGAAGGUAGAAGAAGAAGAAGAGCAGACAAACAACUUGCUUGGUGAAAAAUUCUCUGAAUUACUCAACAAUUCUACAGAUUCUCAUUACCAGUUCUUAGGGGUGCCAGCUGAAGCCGACUUGGAAGAGAUCAAGGCGGCUUACCGGCGACUAUCAAAAGAAUACCAUCCCGACACCACCUCUCUCCCACUCAAGGCAGCCUCCGAAAUGUUUAUGAAACUAAGAGAAGUUUACGACGUGUUGAGCAACUCGGAGAAGCGAAGGUUUUACGAUUGGACCUUGGCUCAGGAAGCCGCGAGCCGUGAAGCCGAGAAAAUGAGGGUGAGGUUGGAAGACCCGUACAUGAAAGACAUAGAAAAUUGGGAGUCGGUCCCAGACAUGGUUGACCGGCUUGGAGGAAGGAACAUGGAGCUGAGUGACCAAGCCAAGUCGGCUCUUACUUUUGAUAUUUUCAUAAUUAUUUUCUCAAUUUGUUGCAUCAUUUAUGUGGUUGUGUUCAAGGAGCCUUAUUACUAGCCAUUCUCUACACAAAAACGAAUAGUUGACUUUGUAAAGUCAAACAUAGUAAUUUUUAUAGUUCGAAAAAAAUCGAUAUAUACAUCACAAAGUUUAAAGC